GUACGAGCUCGCCGCCGCUCGCCGUCUUCGAGGCCGGUGGCCGUCGACCUCCUUGCCGCAAUGCCUUCCUGGAACGACGAGGAAACCAGCUCGGAGGAGGAGUGCGAGGUUGUCAGCAUGGACAUGGGACUUAUGGAGGAACCAGACACCACUGUGGAGCCCCUUUUCUGUGGCCAACUUGAGCUUGCUCAUCCUAAGUGCAUUCUGCACCAACUGAGGCCUAUUAAGCGUGUUGCUUUUGAAGGGCCUGUAACAGGAAGGCGUUUCUAUGGCUGCCCAGUCCAGGAAAAUGGUGUGAAUUGUGGUGUUGUAGAGUGGGUUGAUGGGCCUUGGCCAACUGUUCUUCAGAGAUGUUUGUGCAAACUAUGGGAGAUGUUCCAUGAGCAGAACUUUGGAAGGGUACAGGACAAGGAGAAGUUUGAGAAGGAGUUGGCCAGGCUUAAGAGUGAACAUGAAAGGGAGUUGGCCAAGCUUAGGACUGAAAAUGACAAGUUUUGCAUUGAGUACACCAAGCUUGUUGAUGAUGUAUCCAAGAUGUUUGAUUGGCAGGAUGGUAGGGUGGACAAGAAGGUGUACCAGAAACAAGUGGAGGAGGAAGAACUUGAGAAGAAGAAGAAGAAGGAGCUAGAGGAGAAAGCUAUGUCGGAGGUGCAGAUGGAAAAGCUCAAACUUGCAAAAGAGCAGAGGUGCAUUUUGCAGAGCCAAGCUGAUAUCAUCAAGAACACCAGGAAGGCUAUGAAGGCUGUUGAAGUUGACAGAGAUGUUCUUAAGAAGGAGAAGGCAAAGCUUGAGCUUGUUGUUGCUGAGCUGCUGAAAGAAGGGUAUGGCAGACAAGGAGAAGAUGGUAGGGUGGACAAGAAGGUGUACCAGAAACAAGUGGAGGAGGAAGAACUUGAGAAGAAGAAGAAGGAGCUAGAGGAGAAAGCUAUGUUGGAGGUGCAGAUGGAAAAGCUCAAACUUGCAAAAGAGCAGAGGUGCAUUUUGCAGAGCCAAGCUGAUAUCAUCAAGAACACCAGGAAGGCUAUGAAGGCUGUUGAAGUUGACAGAGAUGUUCUUAAGAAGGAGAAGGCAAAGCUUGAGCUUGUUGUUGCUGAGCUGCUGAAAGAAGGGUAUGGCAGCAAGGAGAAGUUAGAGCAAAUCAAGGCCAUCCUUGAGUCUUGA